AUGCACAAUAGGGGGGUUGUUAAGGAUGCAGGAGCGAUUCUACGGGAUAAAUACAUCACGUCGCACUUGAAUGACAGCCUCAAGAUUGACAAGGAAUAUCCUGCGCUUGAGAAGAUGGGGGGAAUGGGCUAUGUGUUGCCGAAGAUAGUGGAGCUUGUUUACAAUCCGUUAUUUCGCAGAGAUAUGUAUGAGGGGCUUGGGAUUGCGCCUCCCAACACCCUGUUGUUGCACGGGGUGUCUGGGGCUGGAAAGACAUUUCUUGUGAAUUGCAUAAGCCAGGAGUAUAAGGUACCGAUAGUCAAGGUGUGUGUUGAUUCUGACAAGGAGCUGAGGGAGUCGUUCAGAAAGGCAUCGUUGCUGGAUGCAUCGAUCAUACUUGUGGAGGACAUUGACUGUCUUGGAGAGGAUGACAAGAAGGUGAUAGCACAGCUGUCUGAGUAUAUUGAGAAUCACAAGGGGAAGUCUGUAGUGAUUGCGACAGCAAAGAAUCCAGCAUUUAUACAUGAAAGCCUGAACAAAUUUGAUAACUCGCUGCUUGUUAGGAUUCCGAGUCGUGCACAGCGUGGAGAGGUGCUGGCAAGAAUUACUGAGAAGAUGCGGUGCGAGCACAUUGAUUGGUUUGAGCUUGCUGAGAUGAUGCCGGGGUUUGUUGCAAGAGACAUAAAGAAGCUGGUUAAAAUUGCAGCAGCCAAGGCUGUGUUUGCAGACAGUGGGAUUGUAAGAAUCAGUGAUUUUUUGGCUGCACUGAAGGAGAUGACAAGGAAAGGAACAGAGAUAACGUUUGACAGCAUCGGAUCGCUGGAGGAUGUCAAAGACGAGCUGAACAUGAGCAUAAUAUUUCCUUCGAGAUAUCCCGACAAGUUCCGUAAGCUUGGGAUCACACGACCAUCAGGAAUUUUGCUAUAUGGGCCGCCUGGGUGUGGGAAGACGUUGCUUGUCAGGGCAGUGUCUAACAUGAGCCAUUGCAAUUUUCUGAGCAUCAAGGGGCCUGAGCUGAUAAGUAAGUAUGUUGGAGAUUCAGAGAAGGAGAUAAGAAAGCUAUUUGACAAAGCAAAGCAGCUGCAGCCAUGCGUGCUGUUUUUUGAUGAAAUAGAUUCUCUGUGUGGAGAACGAAGCGGAAAUGAGUUCACAAGCAGAAUAGUCAACCAGAUUCUCACGCUCUUGGAUGGGCUUGAUGAUAGGGGAGAUGUGUAUGUGAUUGGGGCAACGAAUCGAAUAGAAAGCAUAGACAAAGCAAUACUGCGUCCUGGAAGAUUUGACAAAAUUCUUAAGGUUCCGCUACCGUGUAGAGAUGGCUGCAUUGAUAUCUUCAACAAAUGCAUUCGAGGAAUACCUAUGGAGCUGUUUGAUGCAAACGAGCUUGACCUGGAAGGGCUUAGUGGUGCAGAAAUAGCGGGCAUAAUAAGAGAGGCAGCAACAUUAUGCCUGAAGCAGAACUUCCACUCGGACGUACUUGAAAUAACAAAAGCAAACAUCAUCAAGGCGCUGUGCAUUACAAGAACCACACGAUCGUUUGCAUAA